ACGAAAAGAGAAGCCCCGCUGACACCACCAGCGCCUUCUACUCGCUGCUCUUCUCCGCCACCCUCCCUCGCUGGCUUCGCUACGGGCGGUGCCCACUCCAAACACCGAUGCCGGAGUUGGGGACGCGUGACGCAGAUUUGACGCGCCGAGAUCGGACAUGCGUGAUGUAUAAGACAAUGCCUCCAACACCGCAUCCAUCAUCACUAUCACAACAACAGCCAUGGUCGUUGCCCCAGAGAUCACCCAGAACAUUAAGGACGCAGCGAGCAAGCUCGACGCCAUCUCAGACGAGGUUGACGAGGUUAACAUCCUCAAGCUCAAGGAGAAGGAGGCCUUCACGUCCGAGUCCAAGUUCGACGCCGAGAAGGACAAGGCGACAUUCCGGCAAUACGAGGAUGCAUGUGACCGGGUCAAGAACUUCUACGCUGAGCAGCACGCCAAGCAGACGCUCGCAUACAACCUCGCAAUCCGUGAGGAGUUCCAGAACUCUGUGCGCGCCCGCAUGACGGUGUGGGAGGCGAUGGAGCUGCUCAACGAGCUCGUGGACGAAAGUGACCCGGACACGUCAGUGGGGCAGAUCGAGCACCUGCUGCAGACGGCUGAGGCGAUGCGCAAAGACGGCAAGCCCGACUGGAUGCAGGUCACGGGACUAGUGCACGACCUGGGCAAGCUUCUGUGCUUCUUUGGGGCGCAGGGCCAGUGGGAUGUCGUCGGUGACACCUUUGUUGUAGGGUGCAAGUUUAGCGACAAGAUCAUCUACCCAGACACCUUCAAGGCCAACCCCGACUUUCACGACCAGAAGCUCAUGACGGAGAACGGUAUCUACGAGCCUGGAUGUGGCCUCGACAACGUCCUCUUGAGCUGGGGCCACGACGAGUACCUCUACCACGUCAUGAAGCGCCAAUCGACCCUCCCCCGCGAGGCUCUCAGCAUGAUCCGCUAUCACUCGUUCUACCCCUGGCACCGCGAGAACGCAUAUCGCCACCUUAUGAACGCCGACGAUGAGGCGCAGCUUGAGGCCGUCCUUGCGUUCAACCCAUACGACCUGUACUCCAAGUCGGACGCACCUGUCAAGGUCGAGGAGGUUAAGGAUUACUACAUGGGUCUCAUCAACAAGUACAUCCCCGGCGUUAUCGAGUGGUAGGCGUGUUAUUAUAGUAAAUUUAGACUUUUGUACAAUACGUAUUCGCGGCAGCGUCUGCCAUUAGACCAUGUACUUUGCAUAUGGACUAUUCCCCUUCUUAGGUAG